AUGUUAUACCCUGUAAUUCGUCUAGCGCCUCGUCUUCAGUCCAGACGGAUAGCGGUCUGGCACCGCUGUGGCGUCGCCACUGCGACACCUAAGCACCCUAAUCCAGGAAACUUUGCAAACCGACCACGAGAAGAGAUGUCAGAGAUCGGCCAUCGUGGAGGUAAAAAGGGCGGCAAAGCUCGAGGUGUUGGCGGAUUCCAUGACAUGGACCCGGAGAAGCAGCAUGAAAUCGCGUCUAGAGGUGGUCGUGCCACUCGCAAAGCAGACAGAGAGCUGGCAGAAGCCGCGACACAGGCACAGAAGCGCGAAAUUGGGCUAGGAAGACGUACGCAUCAGCCUCCCGUGGUGCCGCCAACGUUUGAAGAAUGGCAAACUUGA